AUGGUGCUUCCUCAACCACCCAAGGACUUUCGCAAAUCCUUCUAUCCCAACAAGGAUUUCAAGAAGUUGUUGGGUUUGCCAGUUGACCAACAGAAAGCACCUCUGCUGCUCAACUACAUCCCAACCUACAAGUCCACUUUGCCCAACGUCCCGAAGAAGAGCAAGUCCUCUCCCUCUGCGAUCCAGCACGCCCACUUCUUCACAAUGCAAGCCUUCGACAUUAAGAAGGAGUUGACCCGCAAGACGAAGGAGGUUGCCGGUUUGCUCAAGACCAUCAAUAAAGCCGAGGCCAAGAUGAAGACGUUAAUAGAUCAGACCAACACAUCCAAACAAGCCCAAGACGAGGCUAAGGAAAGAGCGGGGGUUGUUGUGGCUAUCGUUGAGGUCCUCAGGGCUGAAAAGAUAGAGGUCGAAGAAAAAAUUGCCGAAGCCCAAGCCAAGCUCAUCGCUGACUUGGCCACAAAGGACGCUGAGAUCAAAGCGGCGGACGAGAAGGCCUACGCCGAGAGGGCAGCCGACGUCCGUGAGGACUAUAAGAAGCAGGUCAAAAAGGCAUGCAACAAGGAUGAGGAGGACGAGGUCCAAAAAACCACUUCUGAGGUUGAGGUCGAGACUUCUAACAAGAGCCUGGAUGAUAUGCUGCGUGAAAUCGAUGCCGAGGUCCAAGCUGAAAAAUCUGCCCGGCUGUCUGCCGAGGCUGACAUAACGCCAAUUGCUGAGGCAGGGCAGAUUGUGGAAAAUGCAUAA